CACGAAUCCUCUUAUAUAUAAGAGUAUGAUUUAGAAAGGAGUGAUUUAUUUUACGCAGGCAAAUUUACAUUGUGUUCAUAUUAAGAUGGAUUGAGAAAUUUUACUCUACUUAAAAAUAUUAUUGUUGAGAAAAAAUACGAGAUGAAAGAAAGAGGUUUUUGUUUUGUUCUCUUCAAAUCCAAACAUUAUUAAAAGUUUGAAGUCUCGGUAAGUGUUACGCACAUAUAAUUCGCGGAACAACGUCAACACUAACCAUUUGGAUUUUGACAGGAGCCCAUUCAUGCUGCACAAACUUAAUAACCCUCAAAGCAGGCAAAAGCCUCUCACUGUUCAUUAGUAGUGUAUUAAAUAGAUUAUAGAAACCACCCAUUCGAUGAAAAGCUUAGUAUAUGGGACCGGAGAGUUUUGACAAAAGAGCUUACAACGAAGCACACGAGUGGAAGUGGGGAGAAUAGCCCAAGCACAAUGGACCGACAGUAAAAUAACACGCGGACAGUUGUUGAUUUGGGCUUGUGGAUUUAGCUGCCAUUUUUCCCUAAACGCUCAGUUGACAAAAAGGCUUGGAUACAGAUCGCUGACAGAUCAAGAGAAGUCGUUACAGAACAGAUAGUUCGAGAAAUAGUGAACACUAAACCAUGACGCUGGGACAUAGAGGUUAUGAUUUUGAAUGUAUUAGGAGUCGCCAGGGACCAUAGAGGGGACUGGUGUCCCUUAUCUGGGUUACUAUAGUGCAUCUGAGACUAAAGAGCAAAGAAAACAUGAACAAGACGGCUCGUGGGUACCUGCCGGCCCCGGCGGCGUCCAUCCCCGCUGUCACCGUCCCCGCUUUUCGUCCCGAUCUCUUGGCGGCCAUCUUAGCGCGCAAAGAUGCCACGGAGAAUUAUCUCCGAAAGUUGGAUAACGAGCGAAAGAGAAGCCAAAAUCUGGACCAAAAUGGAUCUGGAGGUGGUCAAGACUUUCCUAUUAUUGUAAGGUCCAUUGGGCAGCCAGGUUCCGAACCACAUCGGACGGAAAACACACGCAGGAAGAGUUUGGAAAAAAGAUUAACGCAUAAGAACAGAAUUGGGAAGAUGUUGCCACCAAUCAACGAUCGACCCGAAAGGAACAGAAAAAAUGAAGUAAAGGAGAACGUGCGAGCUACUAGCAAUCAACGUAAAGAAGGGGUGUCAGAAAAACAUUACAACUUGCCAAAAAUUGAGAAGGGUGCUCCGCAAUACUCCGACCGCGUCGAUGUUACAGUUUUACUGCCACCCAUACAGAAUAAGUCGCAUCCUUUGCUGCAUAAAAGAAGGGGACCCUCUCCAUACGAACAACGAGAACAAAAGGAUAUAGACUGCGCGUCAUCCGUGGAUAGCGGAAUCGAAAGUGACCACGGGCGAUCCUUCCCGCUAUUGAAAAAUCAUGGAUUCCAUACCGUUUCGUUCGUAGACAAACAUCCCAAAGGCCGUCAGGUACAGAGUGAGGAAACUCUGGGUAAACUAACACGAACCGGAUACAAUCAGUUCGUAGAUUCAAGUUUUAAACGAAGUUUGGGUAAAAAACCGAUGAAGCGUUUCCCCGUGCACUCCAAAAUGAGAAAAGUGAGUGUGGACAGAGCGCUGGACGCUAUUGUGGACACGAGGGAUCAGCACGCGAAGCGAAGAGACAGCAUCACCCUUCUUCAGAGAGAUGGAUGGCGGGGCAAGGAAAACUCGCUGAAAACCCGUCAAUAUCGGUCAAUAGAGGAUGAGGUCUUAAGCACGGUUAUUAUUCCAAAAUCUCGGGUCCCACGUCGACUUCAUGGUAUCACGCUUCUGUCGGUCUCUGAUGGCCCCCAAGAGUCCUUGUCAUCCACGAAAAAAGAAAUAAGCUGCCUUCGGGGAACCAAACUUGCUUCUCCCGGAGAACAAGUUGCGGGGAAAGCCGACGUAGUGUCGACAUCUCACGAUCCGACAACGGGUUCUGCUGUUUCUGGCAAUGAAAGUGCAAUUCAAAAUGGCAAUCAAACACGAUCAGGCGAUUUACAUGUAGACGAAGAGCGAGACAACGAAAGUCGACUUAAAGACAUACCCAAAGAACAGACAGACAAUCUAAAGAAAAAUAAAGAAGAGAAGCCAUCCCCGCGUAAAAUCAUUCAACCGCAUGUUGUGUUACCUUCUAUACGCGAAGAAACAAGCGUCAGUUCAGUCGGCGGUGAUCCAAACGGAAAACUUAAUUUAGACAAUGGAAUUCCGAAUAAAGACGCUACUACUAAGAUUCAGGAAGAUGGCAACAACAAUGUCGCCAUAAUUGACAAUGGAGAAAAAAAGACAAAUGAUACAAGUGGACAGGAGAGACAAUCCGACGAUACCGACGCGACAGCGGUCGAUUGCGUUAGUGAAGAAGACAUCGCAAGACCAAAGCAAUCUGGAACGUUUUUGGCGGUUCCACAACAACAUGCCUCUUCUACGGGAAUUUUGACUCUAGUUAAAGACGGUAAAAGAUUUGAAAGUGAACAAAAAGACAUUCCUGACAUUCGAUUGACAUCUGCGACACCCUUGCCCCCUAGCCGAAAAAAUUCCAUGGAGUAAAGGUGUAUUUUGAUUUUGAAAAAAAAGGACUUUGAAGAAAAAUAUUCUUCGUAUUAUCCGCAUUUUCACGGAGGAAAAAAGCAAUUUUUUCCCUUAACAUGUCGAAAAACCAAUGGUAAUUGCAAACGAAAUUAUUUCAUAAUGCGUUUCAUUCCUGUUUAUUUAACGAGUUCAGCAAAAAUAAGGAAGUACAGAUCAUCAUUUGUGCUCUCUUCGUAAAACUUUAUGUCUGAAAUAUAACAGUAUUGUGACUGUAAAAUAUUAUCAUACAUACGAACUGAAGAAAAUCAAUUACUUUGACUAAUAUGUAUAAAUAAAAUGUGUUGUAAGUACCAAACUGAUAUUUGUGAUAAUUAUAUUAAUAAAUAAUAUUUUAAAAAAUCACCCGUCUUUCUUAUUUAUUUAUGUGCCUACUUUUAUUUAU